AUGCUGUCGACAAGGUGGAGAAUGAACUCGAUCUCGAUGCCAUCAAGAAGAAUGGAGUCGGAGAGGAGAGGAGAUGAUAUGGCUGAAGUGAAUAAGACCGACGAGUUGGAGGAUGUUGUCAUGACUGACGAUAUCGAUGAAAUCCAUGAUUUCUAUGAUGUUAAUGAUGUUGAUGAUGUUGAUAAUACCGACAUGUUGGAGGAUUUUGACAAGACAAAGGAAGCAAAUGAGGCCAACGAUGUCGAUGAUGUCGAUGACGUUACUGAUGUUGAUGAUGUCGAUAAGACUGACAUGUUGGAUGAUAUUUACAAGACUAACGAAGCAAAUGUAGCCAACAAUGUCGAUGAA